UAAUUUGUGGCUUUAAUAAUAUUAAUUUGAGAUGAGAUUUAUUUAAAUCAGUGAGUGUCAGGCUUACUACGGGUUUCGGUGGCCUUAAGCCUACCCAUUCCCUAGUGCCGGUCACGGGCCCAUGGGUGGGGUCGUAACAUCAGACAUGAUUGACAACAACAUAUGUGAGACUUUUAAUGGAUAUAUUGUGAAAUCAAGGACCAAGCAUAUCAUCGAUAUAUUGAAAGAUAUAAGAAGUCAUUUGAUGGUCAGGAUGCACCAAGUGAUGAAGGACAUGGAGAAUAGCAAGCAAGUCAUUUGUCCUAAUAUCAUCAAGAAACUGGAGAAGAUAAAAUAUUUGGUAAAGUACUAUAAUAUUUAGCCAGUUGUUGGCAGAAAGUACUAAGUCCAUUUUUUAAGAACAAUAUAUAGUGGAUAUGGUUGCAGAGCACAUGCAGGGCUUGAGAAUUAAGUGGUUUGCCAUGUUGUCAUGCAAUUGCAUGCAUUUACUAUUUAAGGCAAGAUUCCAUAAAUAUAUUGAUGGAUUUUACAGCAAAUCAGUAUAUAUGGCUACUUAUGAAAAUGCAUUGUGACCAAUUCAUGGAGAAAAGCAUUGGCCUUUAGUUAAUGAGAAUCUAGUAUACCCUUUAGUGUUUGUGAAAAAACUUGGUAUACCAAAAAUAAGUAGAAGAAAGGACCCUCGUGAAGAAAAGAGAAAUCCACAUAAACUUCCAAGGACUGGAAUUCAGAUGAAGUGUCAGGUUUGCAUGAAGUGUGGACACAACAAGAGGUCUUGUAUAAAAAAAAUCCAGGAGCACAAGUUACUACACAAACUCACAAGCCAAAAGUAAUAUUGUUCAUCUCCAUAACUUGUCACUUUACUUAUGUUUGUUUUACUUUAAUGUGUUAACUCUCUUGCUGUAUUUGGAUGAUUUAAUGAAGGAAGAACCUGAAAGACCCCCUAAAGAGGGAGGUAGAAAGGCUCAACCAAAGAUUAGGACUGCUCUAAGGACUGAUCAACUUAGGCUCAUAUCAACAGGGAAGGCAAUAGACGAGACAGUUGCAAAUGAAUUUAGAGAGAGAAUGCAGACUAGACGAGGAUAUGGUUUAUUGCAUGCUGAAUCGAGAAAUCUUUAUCUUAGGAAUCCGAGGUCAAAUAGGGUAUCCUAUGUAUGUGGGAGACUAGCAACUACAGUAGUUGUUAGUUGUUCAAGCUCAAGGCCAACCAUGCAGCAAAAUGUACAAGUCAAUGUUGGAUCAUCUGUUGGACCGUACACUGCUGGACCAUCAAAUGCUAGAUCACAAAUAACAAGGUGCAUUUCUCCAACAACCAACUAGAAUGCCCCGCCAUUAUCUACUCAAGGAGUUAGCAAUAUCAUCAGCAGUCAUAAGAGCUUUGUGAUAGGAGGACCUAAUCCAGCAACUCAACAAUCUGAGUGGGCAAUGGAGUUUAAAGAACAUUUCUAUAUUUUGUGGCAUUUGAUGCCUUACAUGUCUAGGGGUUGCAGUUAACAAUCUUUUAUGGCACUAAUAUUGCCUUAACUGUUUAGGAAGUCAAAUAAUAUUUUUGUGGCAUUUGGGGUGCCUUAUAUUAGUAGGAAUUAAUAUUAACAAUAUUUUGUGCAUUACAUGCCUUAUCUUUGUAGGAAUUGAAAUUUAAAGUUUUUUGAGGCAUUUCAUGCCUUGAUCAAUAUGAAUAAGUGCAUUUUUUUUUCUCCUCGAGACAUAACAAGUGCACUUCAUUUCAUUUUUGAAACAUUUGUCUUUAUAGAAACAAAGUAGACAUCUUGCAAAUUUGAUACAUCAAACUAGGGCAAGCAUAACCUUCAUGUUUGUUUCUCAACUUCUUGCCUAUCAAAUAAACAGGUUAAAAUUACAAUAGCAAAAAAUACAAAAAAACACAAUCUUUCCCACAAUCAUUUGCUUUCUCAUAUGAGUUUAUUUUGAACAUAUUAAUUUUACAUAAAUUUAUAAUUUAAAUUCUUUACAAAUUUAAUAAAUUAAUAAUUUUAAUGUUUAAUGAUUUUUUAUUUACUAAAUAUAUUAAUUAUAAGAAGCUUGAUUGUAGUUUGAUUUUGGAAUGGAGCAAUAGAUUUUUUUUUUUUUGCUCCUCUAUCUACUAUCCGUAAUUUUGCUUUUGAGCUCUUAUAUUAAGUGCGAUGAAACACCUAAAUUCUUAUAAUUUUUUCUACUUAUAUUUUUACUUUUUCUUUCAAUAAGGACUUGUUUAAUGAUCUUUAUAAACACUUAAUUAAAUAAAGACUUAAUCAAUCUAACACAAAUAAAAGUAUAUAAAUUUAAUAAAAUAAAUGAUGAAAGUUCAAAUGCCUCGGAUUGUUUUUACAAAAGACAUAUGACUUUCUUUUUCUAUUUUCAAAUCAAUCAAAUAUAUUUUAGUUUUUUAUUUGUAUUAAUUUUUAAAAUUACCUUAUUAUGAUAUAUUAUUAUAUAAAAUUAAUAGAAGUAAAAUACAUUCAUCGUUAGAAGUACAUUAUAUAAAUAAUAAUAAUAGUUAUCACCUUUAAUUUUGGCUUAAUUACCAAUUAAUUUCUGAUCUUUCAUGCUCUUAACAAAUUUAUUAAAUUCUUUUAAAAUUUGUAAAAUCAGAUUUUUUUUUUUUAAUUUUUUAACAAAAACACAUUUCGAUGAGAUUUUUUUUAGAUUUUAUUGUAAGGAAGCUUACUUGG